AAAAAAAAAAAAAAUUAAUGACUCGCAUAAUCAGUCACAUGUCCAGCAAGAAGGAAUUAUAUAAGUACAGGGGCAAUUCCAUUUACAAAAAAACGUUUAAAACAAUUUAUUUAUACUGAAGUGAUUCAAUAUGUCUGAUCAAAGCAAACAACCGCAAACUCAAGAGGAGAAGGAUAAGGAAUUGUUCAAUCCUGAUAACAUGAUGGUUAACAUUGGUGGUAAAACUGUUCCAUUCAGUAAAAUCAAUAAGCCGCAUACCGUUCUUAUCAACCCAGAACAUCAUAAACCAAAGGUAGAUGCUUCCAGUUUUCCUGAUAUUGAGCCGGCUGCUAAGGAGAGAGAGGAAAAGUUGGCUGCUGAAAGAGCUGCUAAAAAAAAUGAAUAAAUUUGCAAUUGGCAGUUCUUCCCCAGGAUUUAUAGACCUAAUUCGGGAAGUAGAUUAGUAUACAUGCUCAACUAAAAGAUCGUGUUCAAGUUUCGGUUCUUCAAAAUCUUUUCUUUUAUGCUUUUUCAAUUUAUCUAUUAUAUUCAAUUAGUUGUUGUAGACUACUAGUUG